AGGACAAUAAAGGUGUCGAGCUAACUAGUUAGGUAGUUUACUUUACGUAAGACCGGGUCAUCCCCCGGGUUCACGUUUAGGUUUUUUGCCCAAUCUGAUUCAAAAUAACAAACUCAUCAGGCCGUCAUUGUAAAUAAUCAUUUGUUUUCUUAACUGACUUGCCUAGUUAACAACAAAAAAUCACCAGGCUUUGAUUUAUUUAAUGUAACGCCAGAGCAAAAACCUGCAGCUAGCGGGCGGGGGACCCAGGACCGAGUUUGGGGAAACCCUGACAUAAGUGAGGAAGAGGAUGGUGAGCAGCCAGCCGAAGUAUGAGCUGAUCCAGGAGGUAGGACGUGGCAGCUACGGCGUGGUGUACGAGGCGCUGGUGAAACGCACCGGGGCCCGGAUGGCCGUGAAGAAGAUCCGCUGUCACAGCCCAGAGAAUGUAGAGCUGGCCCUCAGGGAAUUCUGGGCCCUGAGCAGUAUCCAGAGCCAGCACCCCAACGUCAUCCACCUGGAGGAGUGUGUCCUGCAGAGAGAUGACCUGGCUCAGAGGAUGAGCCACGGGUCCAGCUCCCCACUGUACCUAGAGCUGGUGGAGACAUCUCUGAAGGGAGAGAUAACCUUCGACCCGUGCUGUGCCUACUAUCUGUGGUUCGUCAUGGACUUCUGUGACGGAGGAGAUAUGAACGCUUACUUGCUGUCCCGUAAACCCAGCCGCAAGACCAACACCAGCUUCAUGCUGCAGUUAGGAAGUGCCCUGGCCUUCCUGCACCGAAACCAGAUCAUCCACCGAGAUCUGAAGCCUGACAACAUCCUCAUCUCCCAGGGAAGGACCUUUGCGGGAACCCCCGAGCCCACACUGAAGGUGGCAGACUUCGGGCUGUCAAAGGUCUGCUCCACGUCGGGCCUCAACCCUGAGGAACCAGCCUCCGUCAACAAGUGUUUCCUCUCCACAGCGUGCGGCACGGACUUCUACAUGGCUCCAGAGGUGUGGGAGGGCCACUACACGGCUAAAGCAGACAUCUUUGCCCUGGGUAUCAUCAUCUGGGCCAUGGUGGAGCGGAUCACGUUCGUUGACGUGGAGACCCAGAAGGAGCUCCUGGGAAGCUACGUGCAGCAGGGGGAGGAGAUUGUGCCCCUCGGGGAGGCGCUCCUGGAGAACCCCAAGAUGGAGCUGCUGAUCCCAGCCAGGAUGAAGAGCAUGAACGCGGGCAUGAAACAGCUGAUCCGGGAGAUGCUGUCGUUCAACCCUCAGGAGAGACCUGACGCCUUUGAACUGGAGCUCCGACUGGUCAGGAUCGCCUGCAGGGAGCUCGACUGGGACACGUGAUAAUUGAUGUGGAUAGGAGGAGAGCGGACCAUGGGACUAGUAGUCACAACAUCAAGCACUUGUAUCUAGUCCUAAUUCACCACUGUUAGCUCUGGUGGUCGAGGCCACACAAUGGGAGGUUUAAAAAAAAAAAAAAAAAAAAAUGUUUUAAGAGAACAAUUCAAACGUUGCAAAGAUUUUGGCUUUGCAGUUGGAUAUUGGUUUAGAUGUAGGACUACUGGUAAACCUAGCUCAACGGGUUGAUAGCCAGGCUGUAAAAAUGUUUGUUUUGAAUGUUAACAGAGCAAGGCUGUCCAUAAGCACAUUCAGCUGUUUGUCUCUCAGAAGGAGAGGUGUUGCUAGCCACCCCAGUGGUUUAGGCUAACCUGUUAACUUUAACUCUAACUCUCUUUAGUUGUUUGCCUACAAAUUUCACCCCAGUCUCGGUGCUAAUAAUCGUACUUCGGAUGCAAUUUAUGAAACAGGGAGACUGCAUCCCGUGUAGAUAUGAUGCAAUUAAAUUCCAAUUUAGACACGCCUCAGUGAUCGUAAACUGUGCACGGCUGGUUUUAACAGUAUUCUGUGACCACACCCUGCUCCUCCCCAUCACACACACACACACACUUCCCACUGCUCAGGUAAAAUCAAAGAUAUACUGUUGGUUGCGAUUUGUAGACAACCAGCUGUUUGAAGAGACAUAUCACACAGGACAGUAUUAUGAGCUGGCCCUGAGCCAACUAUGGGAUCAGGCUAAGUCUUGGUAUGCCAGCCCAGACACAACCUAGUAUAACCCCCAGCCCAGACAUAACCUAGCAUAACCCCCAGCCCAGACAUAACCUAGCAUAACCCCCAGCCCAGACAUAACCUAGUAUAACCCCCAGCCCAGACAUAACCUAGCAUAACCCCCAGCCCAGACAUAACCUAGUAUAACCCCCAGCCCAGACAUAACCUAGCAUAACCCCCAGCCCAGACAUAACCUAGCAUAACCCCCAGCCCAGACAUAACCUAGCAUAACCCCCAGCCCAGACAUAACCUAGCAUAACCCCCAGCCCAGGCAUAACCCCCAGCCCAGGCAUAAGCCCCCAGCCCAGACAUAACCUAGCAUAACCCCCAGCCCAGACAUAACCUAGCAUAACCUCAAUCAGCCAGUGUCAUAAUUGUCCUGGAAUGUGUCAUGAUUGCCCCAUAAUGAAAAUAAUUUUGAGGAAUGGAGUGUUUGGAAUGUAAUUAACUUGAGUCACCAUAAUUUAAAGUCCAGAGAUAGCAAGCUGCUUAUUCAAAACACAUAAAGGAAUGUGUUGUUGCCCCAAACUAACAUUGAUGUAUUUAACUGAAGAGCCAAUGUUCUGCUUGUAUUAUUAAAAUAUAGUGCUUUAAUUUAGACUUGAAUUCUCACAACUGAAGGCCAGCGGAGUUCCAAAUUAAACCUGUGUGAACGGAAUGGUUAGGGGUAUGACUUCACUGGCAAUCACUUGGUGAAAAAAUGCACUUUUAUUUAGUUAUUUUCCUUUUCAUAACUUACCAUGCUAUUAUCUAUCACCUUGAGAAACAGUGUUUACUUGGGGCCUGGGAAGAUAUAUUGUCAAACAGCAAACAAGAAGUCUCUCUUACACACACACACCGGUGUAUUGUCAGCACACAGAACGUCUACUUAUGCAUGCAAUGCCUCUCCCCUUCAGAGAGAAGAUGGAGGCAGCACAGCACACAGUUGUCCCUGAGCCCAGAGGAUCUAUUUAAAAAAUACAAUUUUGUGUUUUAACCUGAUCUCCUCUCACUGUCAGUUUUCACCUGGGUUUCCCCAGGACAGACACACACCUCUGUUUCCCCUGGGUCCUGAUGGAUUUAACGGUAAUCCCUUUCCCCACGUUUCCUUCCGACAGACUCCUACUAAGCCUAUUACGUUUGGUGUAGGUGGCAGAGGUAAAGGAAGGCACUCUCUGGGGACCCAGGCCUAUUGCCUUGCAGGUCAUAAUUUGUGCGCUUCUAACAGUUGUGGAAAUGAAAAAAUUAUCAAUAUCUGAAAAAAAUGUGGUUUUAGUGUGUCAUUCAAACAGUGGCAUAAGUUUGAAAAUAUAUUUAAUACGAGCAGACUGUCGCCAACAUUAACCUGCAUUAUUGCCUUUUUUAAAUGUCUUCCAUUGCCAAAAUCCUCUUGUCUUUCAUGAUAUUAACAUACUUUAUGCCUUAUUUUAAUAUCUCCACAGCACCUAGCACUACAUUGUGUGAUUGUUGUGGUGGCCAGGCACAUUUUGUUCUGAGUUUUGGCUAUUGGGUUUUUAUCUCUGCUGUUUUACCCCCUUCAAUAUUAGCACUGAUUUCCCCUUUAAAACAUGUCUAAGGCACAAUCAGCAGUUGCUAUAUUUAACAAAAAUAUAAACUUAACAAUUUCAAUGAUUUUACUGAGAUACAGUUCAUAAAAAUAAAAAAAUCCAGUCAAUUAAAAUACAUUGAUUAGGCCCUAGUUUAUGAAUUUCACAUGACUGAGCAGGGGUGCAGCCAUAGGCUUGGGAGCCAGGCCGAACCAAUCAGAAUGAGUUUUUGCCCCACAAAAGGGCAUUAUUACAGACAGAAAUCCUUCUCAGUUUCAUCAGCUAGUGGGCUGUCUCAGAUGAUCCCGCAGGUGAAGAAGCCAGACGUGGAGGUUCUGGGCUGGCGUGGUUACACGUGGUCUGCGGUUGUGAGGUCGGUUGGAGGUACUGCCAAAUUAUCUAAAAUGACGUUGGAGGCGGCUUAUGGUAGAAAAAUUAACAUUCAGUUCUAUGGCAACAGCUCUGGUGGUAUUCCUGCAGUCAGCAUGUCAAUUGCACACUCCCUCAAAAUUGAGACAACUGUGGCACUGUGUUGUGACGAAACCACAUUUUAGUGGCCUUUUAUUGUCACCAGCACAAGGUGCAUCUGUGUAAUGACCAUGCUGUUUAAUCAACUUCUUGAUAUGCCACACCUGUUGGGUGGAUCAAUUAUUUUGUCAAAGGAGAAAUGCUCACUAACGGAUGUGCACACAAUUUGAGAGAAAUAAGUUUUUUGUGCAUAUGGAAUAUUUCUGGGAUAUUUUUUCUGCUCAUAAAACAUGGGACCAACACUUUA